CGCUGUCACACAUCUUCCCAGCAACUUAAUAAGGCUAUGUAACAAGUCCCAUUUGCUUGCAUCAAAUGUGUGGAAUAGCCCUCGCUUGCGUAGCAAGGACAACCGCUGCCUCUUACACAAGUUCUAGUUGCGAAUGUGAAUCAGACACCGCAAAUGCACGCACGGAGGCUAGUGCUUCGGCGCCGUUGUCUGAGUUUCUUGCAGGGCUGCGAGCAAGGGGCCCUGACCACAUCGGCACCCACAGUGUUUGGACCGCUGACGUGGAAUGCCACCUGACCUUUGCCGCCUCGUUGCUGCAACUAAGGGGAUUCCAGCCCCGUACAAGUCCCUGUUCCAGUAGCGACGGUCACGUCCUCUGUUUCAACGGGGAAGUAUUUGGUGGCUUGGGUGUACGGCCCGGACAGAACGACGGCGCAUGCUUGAUGGCUGCUCUUCAUCGCGCCACUGCCUGCAGCGACGGGUCAGCAGGAGCAGCAGCAGUCCCCGACGUGCUCAGCCGCAUUCGAGGGCCCUGGGCGCUGCUCUUCUGGGAACCCCACCGGCAGCGGCUGUGGCUGGGCCGCGACGUGCUGGGUCGCCGCAGCCUGCUUGUCCACUUUCCCGACGACAACGACCCCCGACUGCUGGUCACAUCCGUGUCGCAGCUGCCCGCUGCAGCAACAGCAGCAGCAGCAACGCAGCAGGGACCUCCAAAUGGCGAUGACGAUGACGCAACUAUUGCCGCUGCUUCUGCUGCUGCUGCGACCGCCGGCGCUGGCGCGGUGACGACAGCGACGGCGGCAACAGUCGCAGCGGAGGGAAAGGUGGCAGCGGCAGUGGGGUCCGUGGAGUGUGGGAUUUCUCGAGGAGCCAGCGGUGUGGGAGCUGAUGGCCUGGCUACGAGUGCUGGGAGCGGCGGCGUGGGUGGUGCUGGUGCUGGUGGUGGUGGCGGUGAGGAGGAGGAGGGCGGGGAGCCCUCAGGCACGGAUGGAUACUGGGUGGAGCUGCCGCCUGGGCUGUACAGCGUUACCUUUGGAGGCAGCAGCGCAGGGCGAGAACAGGGGGCAGCGGCAUCCGAAUUGGCAGCGGCGGCAACAGCAGAAGCAACUGCAGCAGCAGUAGCAAAGGCAUGCUGCAGCGAUGAGCAGCACCACAAUGGAGCAGAUGCUGCUGCUGACGGGGCUGCUGAGGUUGGGGCUGCAGAGGGUACUGCUACUACUACUGCUGCUACGGCCGCAAUCUUCCGGCGGUUUGCGGUUGGUGAUGCCGUACAAUUGGUCAUGGUACGACAUGCCUGGCGGGAUCCGCUGUUACUGGAACUUGAAUCGUACCGCCGGGCAGAGACGCUGGAGACCGAAGGAAAAGGAGCAGCAGCAGCAGGAGACCCGCAGCAGCAACAACAUCAACAACAGCCUGGCCCGCCGUUGGCACGGCAGUUAGAGGAGCAGUUGGUUACCGGUUGCAACGGACGUAACGAGGCCCACUUGUCAGUAGUGGGGGCGGCUGGGGAGGUGGCUGCUGCUGCUGGUGCCUUGUGGGGUCCUGCGGUGGAGGGCGGUGCUGGGGAGCAACCGGAGGAGGACGGCCUCAGCUGUUGGAUCGAGCGGCCGCUGCCGGCAACACCGCAAGACGCCGCGAACGCCCUUCUCAACGUCUUGCUGGCCGCCGUCCGCAUUCGCUGCGCCGCCAUCAACACUCGCUCACCGCACCCUGCAGCCGCUUUCGCACAGGCGGCAACAGCAGCCGCAGCAGCAGCAGCAGCCCAGGGUGGUCCACCGCAGCCUUCCUGGCGCCAAGCGGCCGAUCCCCUGUGCGGCUUCACACUCGGUGCGCAUGCCGGCUGCGCUGAUGCUGAUGGCGGGGCAACAAACGGCGUAUGUGGCAGCAGCGAGGCAACUGGCAACUCGGACGCCUGCUUGGUGGAUUCGUUCGCAGGUUCAGGCUGGUGCGGCGGUGAUCCCCGCAGUACGAAUGGAAGCAGCAGCAGCAGCCGUAGUGGCGACAGCGGCGCCAGCAAGCAGGACAGUCUUCAUUCCGCAGCGGCUCCCGCAGCUCCCGCAGCAGCUCCCGCAGCGGCUCCUGUGAUGAUCCUGUUCAGCGGCGGAGCGGACUCGGUGCUGCUGGCCGCGCUGGCUCACCGGGCACUGCCGCCCGACGUGCCGAUAGACCUAUCCAACGUCUGUUUCGCGGGUGGCACCUCGCCCGACCGCCUGGCGGCUCGGGCAGCCCUAUCGGAGCUGUCAGCUGCCUGCCCGGGUCGGCGCUGGAGGCUGGUGGAGGUGGAUGCGGAGCUGGGGGACGUGGAUAGACACCGGUCCCGUCUGCUCGCUCUCCUGCGACCCGCGCUCACCGUAAUGGACUUCAACAUCGGAGCGGCGCUAUGGCUGGCGGUGGCAGGGCAGGGCACACUCCGCUUGCCGCCACAGAGCGCCGACACACCGAAACGACUGGAUCAGCUGCAGCAGAACCAACCGGAGCAGCAGCCGCAGCAACAGGACCAGGACCAGCCGGUGGUAACACCCCACAUGCAUGCAGCAGAUUCCAUCGCCGCUGCCGUGCCAAUCACUGCGACCACCACCAUCACAACCACCUCCACAACCACCAUGACGCUUGAAGAAGGGCAGUUCUACGGUUCCGCGGCGCGUGUCGUGCUGCUGGGUCACGGUGCAGACGAGCAAUGCGGCGGGUACGGCAGACACCGUACACGGUUUCGGAGCGAUGGUUGGCGGGGCCUUGCAGGGGAGCUCGAGGUGGAUGUACGGCGGUUGUGGCUCCGAAACCUGGGACGAGAUGACCGUUUGGUUGCGGAUUGGGGCCGGGAGGCCCGGCACCCGUUCUUGGACGAGCAUGUGAUGGCGCUGCUGUUGCGGAUGCGCUUGGAUUGCAUCCUUGACAUGCGGCUGCCGGCGGGCCAGGGCGACAAGGCGGUGCUGCGCCGAGCGCUACAGCUACUCGGUCUGCCGCAAGCCGCCGGCCGUGUCAAACGCGCUAUCCAGUUCGGCAGCCGCAUUGGGAAGAUGUCCAACCGACGCGACUUUGGCAGCAACCGAGCGGCAAACAAGAAGAACGCGGGUGGUGUGGCACUCCAGGACGUUUCUCGAGCAGCAGCAGAGGCGGCCGCGGGCGCAUGGGUCAAGGUGAAGGUGAAGGCGCCACGCCGCCGCGACAACUGACAAGCCUCUUCACCCUGUCGUGCAACACCUUACCGAGCCAAACCCCAAGGUGGAGGAGCCCUGGAAAGCCCGGUCCGCUGUUCGAAGCUUUCACACUUAGCUUUGGUUACAAAGCCAUGCACGAGCUGCAAUCCAAUGCGCUCCUUGCUUGUAAUAUUUUCUGCCCAA